AAAAAAGCCUAACAGAUUCCAGAAGACGUGACAUGGUGAAGAUAUUGGUUGCACACAUGGCGAGUGAACAUGGGACGAGCCCUUCAAGGCGUGUUAAAGAGGACUACGCAAAGGGCAUCACUGCCUUGUUUCCAUACCUGGCCGAUCCCCAGGGCACUUUGGGCUAUGAGCAUUAUUACAAUCCAGUAGAUGGGGGUGGAUUUCUUGCAUGGAGAGUGAAAACGCUUCAAAAAGAAGCCUCAGAGGGACAAAAGAAAAGAAACCCUCAGCCACUGUCAGGUCACUGUUCACUGAUCAUUGUUACAGGUGGUCCAGAUUCUGGUGACAGAACCCCCUUCAGUAAGGAAAAUCGGCUAACCACAGAAACCCAGUGUUGCGAGGCCAUCGUACUCAUGAAGCAUACAACUGAUGAAGCAAUCAUCAAGGAGAAGAUGAAACAGACCUUCAUCCAUCGCCAAGAAAUGGUUCAUGACCCAGUGAAGUCCUCUGAAAUAUUCACCACCUUUCCAAGAUUUCUUGACAUCACGGGAAUGAUAGUGCAGGAUUUCAGUCUGAUGUUUGGUGAUGACAUCUCUGCAAAGUUCCUGGAGAAGUGGCCUACUCACUACAGGCAGAAAGUCCUUGAACAAACCCGUGGCCUCACCCAGACAAGCGACCUUGAAGAUCUCCUUCAUAACGCUGAAUCCACAACAGAAGAACUGGAAGAUGGAUGGGACAGUGAGAUGUCCUCCAUCUUGCUCCUUAUCCACCUCAUGCCACCAUCACCUCAUGGCCGCAACAAGAGACCAGGAAAGCUCUCUGCCAGACAAGCCAUUGACCACCUUGUGAAAUUCAUCAAGACUGGGACCAGUAUUGAAGGGCAUCUGGACAGCAUCACAGAGAGCCGUCAACCCUAUCUACUGGCUGUGGGAACCAAGAGGAGCGCCACACACAAAUAUUUAAUUGUUAUCGACAAACAUGCAAUCCCGUGUCAGUCACCAGAUUGUCUUGCCUCUUUUGACGAGCUUUUUAAAGCUCAUUUCGUCUUCGCUACCUCGUACAACAGGGAUCUGGCCAAUGUCUACCACUUCUUGCAAACCGCAGUUUAUCAGAUUGAUACUGCUACCACCAAGGUGAAUCCCAGGGUCAAAGAGAUGAGAGCUCGGAUGCUGCACUGAUUUUUACACCUUGAGAUGUUUUGUUUUAUUUGCAAUGGCCCUCAAGCAAAUGACAGUUCACUAAUUAAGCACUUGAAGGUGAUCCACGGACUUUGUUCAGGAAAGACACUUCGUCUGAAAUGUGGUCAGCCUGCUUGUUCUCGUUUCUUUGGCACUUUUUCAGGGUUUCGAAAGCAUCUUAAAGCACAUGGACCUUGUGAUCCUGGUGAAGGCCCCUCAACUGAAGAUUUAACUGUAAAUUUUGUUGAUGACUUUCCAUUAAACAGUGCCCCCUCUGACCCAGUCCUUCUUAAUAAGAGUAUUGUGGACAGCUGUGCUGUGACAGUGGCUGAACUUAAAGUGGCAGGUGUAGGCGAAACUAUCAUUAACUCUUUAGUUACUUCAAUGGAAGAGAUUGUUGAUGAUAUCCAUAAUCAAGCAAAAUAAUCUGUGAAGCAGUGUCUAUCUUUACAGGAACCUAUCAAAAGUGAGGUUGAGUGUAAAAUUGAUCAGUGCUUUGAAAAAAUUGAAAAUCCUUUUGGUGUCUUAAUUUCUGAAACUAAGAGAAGGCAGUAUUUCACAGAGAAGUGGGGAAGGGUGGAACCCGUUGAAUGUGUUCUUGGUACAAGAUUUGAUACACGGCGCAAUCAGACUACUGGAACUUAUGAUCCAGUUGUUGUCACUGAUAAAUUGGUUUAUAUCCCAGUUUUGAAAACGUUAGACUUCAUUUACAAACACCCUAAGAUAAAAGAGAUGAUGCAGAGUCAUUCCAGUUCAAGAAAAGAUCUUCUUAAUGACUUUUGUGAUGGAGAUCUUUUCAAGAGUCAUCCUUUAUUUUCAAAACAGAAGCAUGCAAUUCAGUUGCAACUUUUCUAUGAUGAUUUUGAAUGCGCAAAUCCGUUGGGGAGUAAAAAGGGAAUACAUAAAAUAGGAGCAAUCUUUCUCCAAAGCACAACUCAAUGCUGCUUAAUAUUCAUUUGGUCGCUUUAUUCCAUGCCCAAGACAUUAAAACAUAUGGCUUUUCUAAAAUACUUGAUCCAAUUGUGCAAGACAUUAAAGAGCUGGAGACUAAGGGAAUUCGGGUCCCACUGUAUGAAGAAAAUGUGUAUGGAACUAUUGUCCAAGUUACUGGUGACAACCUGGGUCUUCAUAGUUUGUUUGGUUUCGUAGAGUCAUUUAAUGCCAGAUAUUGUUGUCGCUUUUGUCUAGCUGAGAAAGAGGACUUUCAGACAGAAUACCCAGAAGAUUCACCCAAGAUAGUGAUGCGAACUCAAGCACUUCAUGCAGAACAC